ACUCUGGGAGCGGUGGCCUCUUCUUCAAUUCUCCGCUUUUCUCCCUCUGUCCCUCACACUCUGUCUUGUCAUCAUCGCGUCUCUUCUCUCUUCUCUCUUCUCUUCUCUCUCAAACCCCCAUUUUCACGAAGAAAUAAUAAUAAACAGAGUCCUAAUUACACUUCUCUAAUUCUCCUCCCAUGGCGUCGAGCGGUCACACUAAUUUCAAUGCUAAACUCGUAUUAUUGGGCGACAUGGGAGCUGGGAAAUCGAGCUUAGUAGUGCGAUUCGUGAAGGGCCAAUUUUACGAAUUUCAAGAAUCAACUAUCGGAGCUGCGUUUUUCUCCUCUACGGUGUCGGUCAACAACACUACAGUGAAGUUCGAGAUCUGGGACACGGCUGGCCAGGAGCGGUACCACAGCUUGGCUCCGAUGUACUACAGAGGCGCCGCUGCCGCCAUUAUCGUCUUUGAUGUUACUAAUACGGAUUCAUUUGAACGAUCAAAGAAGUGGGUCCAAGAAUUGCAGAAACAAGGUAAUCCAAACAUGGUUGUUGCACUUGCUGGGAACAAAGCUGAUUUGGAAGACAAAAGGAAGGUGACUGCUGAAGAGGCACGCUUAUAUGCCGAGGAAAAUGCUCUUUUCUUCAUGGAGACUUCUGCAAAAACAGCUCUUAACGUUAAUGAUAUUUUCUAUGAAAUAGCUAAGAGGUUGCCCAGAGCUCAACCUGUUCAAAAUCCAGCAGGGGUGACACUUACUGACGGACAAGCCAGAGGAACCAGAGCAUCAUGCUGUACUUAAGGAGGGAUGUCGUGUUUGUAUAAGCAAUUAAGGACAAGAAAGAACCCAAACAUGGAGUUGUGUACAUCUUUCAGCAACGGAUUACCCAAUGCCCGCCCUUUAUAUUUUAGAAUUUAAAGAGUGUAUUGUGUAUAUGUUAAAUUGUUGGCAAAAUGUAUUUUCUGGUGGAUCUUACCAGAAGUUGUACAUGAUUUGAUAUCUUAUUUACUGGAAGUUGGAAUAAAUAUUCAUCUGAGAUGGACAACACGCAA